AUGUAUUGGCCCACCUGGUUGGCAUGGUACAAGAAGCCAGAGUACCGUAACAUCAAAGAGUAUUCCAAUGCCAUCAGCUCUGGAAAACGGGAUUACAGCCCAAAUAGACACGGCUGCGCGAUACCGAGCCAACUCAGACUCGACAGAGUGCUCGGCAACAAGACAUGUAGCCCCAUGUCCCUUUUCGACUUUUACAUGUACCUGAAGCACAUAGAGUUCUCCGAAGAGAACCUUGAGUUCUACGUCUGUUCUCAGGAGGAAAGGGACUCCCUUGGAGUCUCCGACAACGCAUCAUCAAACGCCAGCACGCUUCAAAUGUCCACCCCUCCCAAGACACAACCUGUCGAAAUCGACCCCGAUGCAGCCCAACGCCUUGUUUCCCAGAUUGCGCGACUCCUUGGUGCCGGCACAACCUGCACAAGCGGCACCAAGUGCAAGCUCGCCUGUCUCGAUGACGCCGAGUCUUGCGAGUCUGGCGGCUACAAGCUGCCUGAGCACAGCAGCUCCGAGGACACAUAUCGGGACCAAAUCCUCGCCAUCGCCCACACGUUUCUCGUUCCCGGAGCGCCCAAGGAGCUCAAUAUCCCUUGCAAUAUGCGCUCCCGAGUCCUCGCCGCCAUCCAGACGUCCUCUCACCCCUCCAACCUUCACCCCGUCGCCGACCACGUUUACCAGCUGCUUCAACACUGCUCGCACCGAAACUUUGUCCGCCUCGGCAUUGCCAACGGCACAUUCGAGACUGUCUGCGUUGCCACCGGCCUGGGAACAGUCUUGAUCCUUGCGGGCUUCUUGACUUUCUUCCUGCUUGCCUUUACGCCCUUUCGCGGCUUCCACUCGUCGUGGACUGUUUUCGCAAUCUGGCCCAUGUUAUGGCUUGGCAUGAGCCUCGUCUUGUCCGGGUUGCGUGGUAGCUGCUUCUUUCUCCUGCUCUUCUCGCGCCGCCAGCCGCUUCCGUGGGAGCGUUUCGCCGACGCCGAGUCGGGCCGGCUGCGGCGGACAGGUCCCCUGGGUUUCCUCUCCCGGCUCAUGAUUUUCGAUAACAAGGUCCGUGUCAAGGAUAUUCACUUGCGCCGCCUCCAGCACAAGAUCGUCAUCCAAAGCCUGGUGGGCGGCGCCGUGUUUGCGAGCUUGGGCGUGCUAUUAUUCAUCUUCUUGCCUGUCUGGAGGACGUCAUGA